UUUAUUUCGUCUUAAUAUCGCGAAAAUGCGCUCUAAUCCAUAAGAAAGUAUUGCGAAGUAGACAAUGAUGUGCGUCAGGUCCCGAGACAGUGGACUUGUUUUUCGUUUUCCGGGUAAGCGCAGAGCGUGAAGCGGGGCAGCCCCGCCCAGCGGUCGCAGCUGCUCCAGGGGGACGUGGUGGUGGCUGUUAAUGGGACGUCCAUCGGCAAGAUGCCCCUGCCGCAGGUGAAGAAACUGCUCAACUCGACCGGCGACCAGGUCAUCAUCACUGUGCUCUCCUCGAGCGCAUUCCGCAUUCUCAACACGAGGAGAGAUAUACAGGCAAUCUUGAGUUCGUGUCGCCGAGAGACAAUCGUGCUUCGUGCGGUGCGCGGAGGAUGCACGGGGAGCGGCAACGGCUACGGCUUCAAGACGAUGGAAGUGAAGACGUACAACGAGCAACAGAAGAGCCACACCAGGUACCACAUCGUCCAGAAAGUGGGCAACCUGAACGUGAGCUCGCCCGGCAAGACCAUCUUCCCGGGGGACAUCGUGACGCACGUGGACGACAUACCCGUGGAGUCGUUCACGCAAACCAUGAUGAAGACGACGCUGACCAAGACGAAGGCCGAGGUGAAGAUCACCAUCGCGGCCAUCUCGCCGCUGCGAAAGCGGCGGCCCUCGUACACGCGCCUGCACGAGACCGUCAUGACGGACACAAACGUCGAGACGCCUUCGUCAGACGCCUUCGUCAACGAGGGCAAAACAGAAUGACUCUGUCGCGCCCUCACACG